CCCGCACAUGAUGGACGAGGAAAAGAUGACGAAAAGCGAUGAGGCUCACCUGAGUUUGCAGAAAGCCCUGCAGCAGUGCGAGCUGGUGCAGAACAUGAUCGACAUCAGCAUCUCCAGCCUGGAGGGGCUCAGGACCAAAUGUGCCACAUCCAACGACCUGACGCAAAAAGAAAUCCGCACGCUCGAGGGUAAGCUGGUGAAGUACUUUAGCCGGCAGCUCUCCUAUAAACAUAAAGUGCCCUUACAGGAACGGAACGUGGAGCUGGACGGCUUUCCUCGUCUCAUGCACUGGCUCCGCAUCGUCAACAUGAGGAAGGAGGUCACAGAGGAGAUCUCUCCAGGCGAGUUGACCCUCGAGUCACUCUUAGACAUGUCGGAUGAAGACGUGUGUGAGACGCUGCAGAAGUUUGGAGCAAGUGAGGAUGAGUGCGCUCGCUUGAACGCCUCCCUCACCUGUCUACGCUCCGCUCACAAAUCAGAACAACUCGAGGACGACAAAUUACACAGUAACGGAGGACUCGGCAGCGCUCAGCCUAAGCAGGACUGGUCCAUCCAGUGGCCGAUGUCCGAGUCGGGGAAAGAGAACACCCCAGCAGGUACCCCAGACCCGGGGCAGUGGGUGCGACUGCAGCUCUCGCAGAGCCCGAAGCCGCAGUCUCGCUACACCCAUGCUCUGUGCCACAGCCCUCAGGCCCUUGCUCCACCCACAUUCUACCCGCAGGCUGAGCGGCUGUGCGUGGACAUCUACUCGGGCAUGAUGCCGGCGGGCAUGCUGGAUGUAGGGCACCGCUCUCUCCCCCCGUCCCCCAGGCAGAGGCACUUUCCUCACACCCCCCCGCGCACUCCGCUGGUGGUGAACACCAUGACACCGCCGGGUACACCACCACUGCGCCGCCGAAAUAAAGUGAAGGCACCGGGCACGCCACCACCCGCCAACCGCAAACUCAUCCACCUGCUGCCCGGGUUUAGCGCUCUGCACCGCAGCAAAUCACACGAGUUCCAGCUGGGGAACCGUGUCGAUGAUGCACACACACCCAGAGCCAAGAAGAAGGCCAAACCUCUGAACCUGAAGAUCCACAGCAGCGUAGCAGGGAGUUGUGAGAACCUGCCGACUCAGCGAUCCCCUCUCCACUCGGAUCACUCCCUCCGCUCGUUUUUCUUCCCGAGCCUUGUGCCCUCCACGCCGCCCGUGCAUGCAGAGACGCCCUCUGCCAAUACCCUGUCAGUUCCUCGCUGGUCCCCACAGAUCCCUCGCAGAGACUUUGGCAACUCUAUUAAACACAGAUUUUCCACCAAAUACUGGAUGUCACAGACUUGUAUCGUUUGUGGAAAAGGAAUGUUAUUCGGCCUAAAGUGCAAAACCUGCAAGUUGAAGUGCCACAAUAAAUGUACCAAAGAAGCUCCUCCUUGCCAUUUACUUAUUUACCACCGAGGAGGUAGGAACUCGUUCAAAGAUCAAGGAACAUCUCAAGCUCGUCAGCUUGUCAGGACCGAGUCGGUGCCGUGUGACAUAAACAACCCACUCAGGUACACAGACCUGCACAUCAGCCAGACGCUGCCCAAAACCAACAAAAUCAACAAGGACCACAUCCCUGUGCCGUACCAGCCUGACUCCAGCAGUAACCCCUCAUCCACCACCUCCUCAACCCCAUCAUCACCGGCUCCGCCUCUUCCUCCCAGUGCGACUCCUCCCUCUCCACUUCACCCAUCACAGCAGAGUGCCAGACAGACCAAACAUCCCAACCUAACAGCAUCUCAUUACUACAAAUACAAGCAGCAGUUCAUCUUUCCUGAUGUUACUCCAGAGGUUCCUAACAGAGCUCCUCAGGUUAUCCUCCAUCCUGUGCUGUCAGGGCCUGGUAACAAUGGCAAUCCUCUGCUCCAGAUCGAGGUGGAACCUACUUCAGAUAACGAAGACGGGAACCACGAAGCAGAAGAUUCGGCCGACGAGUUUGAGGAGAUGAACCUGUCGUUGCUGUCUGCACGUAACUUCCCACGCAAGGCGAGCCAGACAAGCAUCUUCCUACAGGAAUGGGACAUUCCUCUGGAGCAGCUGGAGAUCGGAGAACUGAUCGGGAAGGGCCGCUUCGGGCAGGUCUACCACGGCCGCUGGCACGGCGAGGUGGCCAUCCGCCUCAUCGACAUCGAGAGAGACAACGAGGAUCAGCUCAAGGCCUUCAAACGGGAGGUGAUGGCAUACAGGAACACACGCCAUGAGAACGUCGUGCUUUUCAUGGGGGCGUGCAUGAGCCCGCCGCAUCUGGCCAUCAUAACCAGUCUGUGUAAAGGAAGGACUCUGUAUGCCGUUAUAAGAGAUGCAAAAGUCAUCCUGGACGUCAACAAGACCAGACAAAUCGCACAGGAGAUGGUUAAGGGUAUGGGCUAUCUGCAUGCCAAAGGCAUUCUUCACAAGGACAUUAAGUCAAAGAACGUCUUCUACGACAACGGGAAAGUGGUCAUCACCGAUUUCGGACUCUUCACCAUAUCCGGCGUCUUACAAGCAGGCAGUAGGAGAGAGGAUAAGCUGCGGAUCCCUAGUGGCUGGCUCUGCCAUCUUGCUCCCGAGAUCAUCUGCCAGCUCUCUCCGGAGACAGCCGAAGAUCAGCUCCCCUUCUCCAAACAGUCGGACGUCUUUGCCUUUGGGACGAUCUGGUACGAGCUGCACGCACGGGAAUGGCCUUUUAAGAACCAGCCGGCUGAGGUGAUCAUAUGGCAGGUGGGCAGCGGGAUGAGACCCAACCUCACUCAGAUCGGCAUGGGCAAAGAGAUAUCGGACAUCCUGCUGUUCUGCUGGGCUCAUGAGUCCGAGGAAAGACCCAGCUUCUCCAAACUGAUGGAGCUGCUAGAGAAACUGCCCAAGCGAAACCGCCGCCUCUCGCAUCCUGGACACUUCUGGAAAUCAGCUGAGCUGUAGCAGUAACGGACUGCAUCCUGUUCCCCGUCCUCUCCACUCCACCAACACCCUGCUCUCAUCAACCAUCACAUGACAGGAAGUCCUCCCACUGACUUCCUGUGGUCUUUUUUAAACAGGAGGGGGUUGGUAAUGCCAAUGCUAACUGCAGAGCAAAGAAGCCAUUUUUUUUUCCCUUGGAUGCAAACUGGAAAUUUGGAAUGAUCUCAGAUGGAUGAGAGAAUCCAAAAGUGCUCCCUCGCUCCAUAUGCUUACACUGGGCUCUGGCUUCAGUGUUCCUCACUUUGAUUUGGAGAUGAUUUAUUUUUUUAAUAUUUAUCAUCACUUGCUUUUACACAUAUCAUAAAAUAUGUGGCAAUGCAUGAGCAAUCAUCAUCAUCAUCAUCAUCAUCAUCAUCAUCAUCAUCAUCACACAAUAUGCAAAUGAUUGUAAUUUCAAUCUAGUCCUUCCCUUUGAUUAUUUUUUAUUUCUUGAUUUUCUUGUACUUCAGCUUGGACUUGCUCAUGCUGAUGGUACGCCUCCCUUCAAACUCCCAUUUAUACCGUUAAACUGUUUUUAUUUCUAAUAUAAAAUAAGACAUUAAAGGAGCAGUUUGUAACUUUUCAACUGGAUAAAUUUGAUCGUUUUGCAAUAAUAAUAAUAAUAAUAAUAAUAAUAAUAAUAAUAAUAAUAAUAAUAAUAAUAAUAAUAAUAACAGUUUUUUCCCAACACAACCCAUACACUGUUGUAAUCCUAAGUCCUAAGGAACUAGAACUCUGAUCCAGAUGGAGGCGGAGCUAUUUUCAGGGUCAGCAGAGUUAAGACAGGGUUAUGACAGAGUUGUCCUAGUAAAGUCAUGUGAUGUGCUAUACAGCAAUAUGAUUUAAAGCUCCGAGGGACUUAGUGUGUUAAAUUUGAGAAAUAUUCCUUAAUUAUCAUAAAUACUGAAAAUGAUGAAAUGGUGUAUGUCAUGCACAGGGGCAGGUGGUGCAGAGCUACAUCAUAUAUUAUUUAUCAGCUGUAUAGUCUUCAUCAUUCACAAUUCCAUACAGUUUAAAUCCCAAUGAAAUAAUAAGUAUUUUUGGAGUGAUCAGUGAUAUGUUAAGUAUUGUGUGCUCCAAUUUUUCCACUUUUGUCAAGUGAUUAUUUCCCCUAGUGGUCAAAAACAGGAAUUGCACUGGCUCAUUGGGGUGAGAAUCAUGUUACCCCUCAAACAAAGGCAAGCGAGUGUCUGCUUUGCAAAAUCGUUACUGUUCUCUACCUCUUCCCAGUAUAUUAAGCAAGUUUGAGCUUUUAAAGCGAAGGCUAAAAGAUUAUCGACUCUCAACUGUAAAAAUUCAGUAAAUCGUAGCCUGUAGCGUAAAUCAAACAAGAUUUAACCUGUUGGAUUAAAAUUCUCUGAGCCUUUAACGAUGAAAUGAUAAAUAAAGUGACAUCGUGGUCAUGAGAAAAAAAAAUUAUUUCUAUUAGCUAGCCAUUGAUUUUACAGGAUAAAUUUCAUUUGCAUAGAUAUGCUUGAAUACCAAGGUGUGAGAGGUAGAUUUUUUUUAUUUUCCAAUUUAAUAAAGCCAUUAAGGGGUUGCCAAAUACGGUAACUGUAUCGCAUGACAGUUUUGUUGUAGCGUCUUUAAAUUUACGUUCUUAUUAUGUGUCUAGAAAAUUACAAACUGCACUUUUAAGGCACCAAUCCACUGCUUUCGUUAUGGCUUUAUUCCUGAUGGUCCUUUUGAUUUAACUGGGAGUUUUACUGGGUGUAGGGAUGGCAUGAAAAUGGGAAUGACAGGUGGAUCGUGGGAUAACUGUUUGUGAAACACCCCUCCUCCCACCAUCUCCUCCUGGUAUGCGUGUGUGUGUGUGUGUGUGUGUGUGUGUGUGUGUGUGUGUGUGCGUGUGUGUUCUGAGUGCCUCUACAUUCCAUUUGAGUUCUCCAGAGUUCCCCAGAUUCCUCGGCUGAGGUGCAUGGCAGCGAAUGCAUGGAAAUAUCCGACGAAUCCCCAGACGUGUUUUCAGCAUGCCUAUCUGAAGCAUUUCAUCCAAAAUGACUCACAAACAAGACAUUAUUUAUUAGUGCAUCUCUUAAUAUUCUGACAGAGAGAACCCUCGUGGUCGAUUUUGUAAUGUUUGUCAAGUGAGGAAAUGUGAAGGAAUAUUAAUUAUUAUUUUUUUUUCCUGGAAUGAUUCAUGUUUUUGGAUAAUUAAGAAAUUUUUUAGAUAUGUCUGCAAAUUGGAUGAAAGAAGCCUGCAGCGCUGGGCAUCGUUAAUAAUCUUCAUCUUGUAUCUUGGCUAAUUGAGGCGCAUAGCAUGCGUUCUGUCUCUCAUCACCUCUCGUUUGCAAUUUGGACAUCAGGCUCCUUUCAUAUUUAUGAAACAUGUUUGUUUCAGGACACAUCGUCUUAUACGGAAAAGAAAAAGGAUUUGAGGCCAUUUCUAACGGUACAAAUCUCAUUCCUGUGUCCAUUAACUUCUCUGUAGGAUAAAACCUCCCGGUGCCUGCGUGUGCUUUGAUUAAAUUUCACUUCUACGCUCUCUCGGCUCAUGACGGCACUGCUGCCUGAACCAGGCUGAGUUGGAGCGUGGGCUCAGCGUGCACAAAAACCAAACCUGUUGCUAGCAUGCUAUUUGGCCCCGAGUCAUCCAUAUGUGCUUCACAAAAGCCUAGCGCCACGAAGAGACAGAGAGUUCCUCUCAGGCACUUAUGUGAAAAGGGGAAGAAAAAAAAACGUUUGAAAAGGACAAAAAAAAGUAAAAUGACUGCUGUGAGAUGCUCAAAUCUCCAUCAGUAAAAUAUUAGAAAA